AUGGAUCCAAGCUGUGAAAUUCAAGAUGGAAAUCGAAGACUUAGUGAAAGUGUCAAGGUGAAUGAACCAGGAACAAAGGGGAAAAUAAAACGCAAUGGUGAUGAAAUAGAAGUAUUCGAAUGUCAUCAAGGUGAAUGA